AUGGACAAUACUCAACAGGCCCUGAAACGUCAGAGAUCAUUGACAUCUGAGGAUCUCAACCCCCCAACCAAGCUUCUAAAGCCAGAGCCCGCACCCAAUGGCUCUGGGCUCAAACGACCCAGGUUGCCAUUGUCAGCAGAUGGCGGCCCACCGGCCGAACGUCCCAGAUUAUCGGCCGAGUCAACUCUUGUGGAGCCAGAAGACAAAGAUGAAGAACCGCUCGAGAUUGGCGGGCUCCAAGUUUACAACCUUCGCCAAGCCCUUGUAGGCGCCCACGGCGAAGAGUUUCCUCUCCUAGCCUCAAACACAGAGAAAGAAGACAAUCUUCCAACACCGUCAGCCGUUCUCGGCCAAAAGAGCCCACUCGCCAAAUCACCAACAGCUAGCGUCGCUUUCGUGGGCGAUACGAAGCUACUGAGGUUCAUCCCUGCCAAGAUUUACAUUUACCAGAGCGCUACUACUACCAAGGCUCUGCAUUCGCAACCUUAUACUGAGAUUAUCCGUGUUACCGGCACUGAAAAACUUUCCCUCGGUACCUUUCUGCCAACACUUGCCGGCAGCGGCUGGGAUAUUAUCCAACUUGUCGAUCCCAAGCUCGGCUUCGUCGAGACCACCAACGGGCUAUUAGACGAGCGGGGGCUCUUUUUUGAGACUAAUCUCGUCUUUACAGGGGUAUUGCAACCUGUGUCGAACUUCCUUCGUGACUUUUUCUGGCAGAAGGAGCCUGGCAUUCGCUUUUCAGCAUGGCUUGGCCGAGAACGAGCCUUCGACCGGAUCGAGUCCCUGGAGACCCUUAUGCUCCGAGGCACCCUUCGAGAUGUGAGCGUCAACGUCUUUGAUAUUCUCGAGUUUCGCGAGAUUGGAGUUGAACUGCUGGGCAGCCGACUUUAUGAUACGCAGACCGAAAAGAUGAAGUGGCACUUUGGCUUUGGCUUCUUUGGCCAUUUACACGUCACGAUGCCGAGGUCAGUUGUGCCACUACAGGUUGACUACAAGCUGCGCAAGAUUCUGUCUGUUUGGGAGCUGGAGCUGUGUCUCAAAAACGAGGAUUGGGUGAAUGUAAUGGGUAUCGAGGGACUUGCUCUCUCCGAAGUCAUGCUCAUCAGCCACCUUGAUGGCAGCGACCCAAAGAGUAGCAAGCUAGCAUUUGAUGUCACUGCUGUCAUGCAGCUUCGUAGCGCAACUAUGCAGGUUCACGGAUUCUAUAGCAAGGAGAAAGAACACAUGCGGCUUUCUGUCUUCCUUGGAAACUUGACACUCCAGGACGUCGGCGAGAUCUUCUACGAGCUCACCAAAGUUCGUCUCGACGUCUUUGACUACGAUGUGACAUUCGAUGCUAUGUCCCUUACCAUCUCGCCUACCGAGCUAGCUCUAUGCGGAGCCGUGACCAUCAACGGCCACACAUCUGUUCGAGGGUCUCUCAUCCUUUCGAAGGAUGGCAUCGAGGUUCGCGGCGCCAUUGGUGACAUCGCCUUUGACGACUGGGACCUCCUCAUCCGAGAGGCGGGCUUUGACGUAUUUAUCGCCAGCGACGUCAACUUCCAUGGUAUUGAUGCCCGUGUUGUCUUGUUCACCGAGAAACACCCCAAGCUCGGAUGGGCGUGGACGGUCUAUGGCGAAGUAUCAGGCGACUUGUCCACUUCACGUCUUGUCCCGGCCCUCGAAGGCAACUCAAUGCUCGAUAUUUCCCUCGACCGUCUCGCAAUCAUUGCCUCUAGUCGUGAUGCAGCUGCUGGAACCCUUCAGGGCGUCCCAUUCAACAUUGUCAAGGGGGUACAACUAUGCGCUAGUAUCGACAGCAUCGCAGCUAUAGAAGCACUUCUUGGUGGGAGCGUCAAGGGCACGGUUCUUCGCGCUGCCUAUACCAACGGCGCCUUUGCACUUGGCAUAUCACUUCCAGCUGCUCGUACCAGCCGAUUCAGCGAUGAUAUCUGGACAGGCCCAAUUGAGCUGAGCAUCAUCCUGGCCGGUCCAGGAGUUCCUAGCCCCAAGCUGAUGAUUGCGGCUGUAUUAAACUUUCAAGUGGACGGACAGCCAGAUGACAUGCCUUUGCAGCUCGAGUUAACGCUUGGGGCUGAUCUCAUCGGGGCGACGGCAUCUGCAAAGAUGCUCACUCCAUGGGUCAACCCGUUCGGCGCCGGAAAGAAUGUGGUGAUCAAGACCUGUGUCAUGGAGAUUGGCAUCAUUUAUACCUCAUUCAUCGCCUCUGGUACCCCUGGAAGCCUCGCUUUUGGGGGUCAGUUGGCAAUAGGAUCCAAGACGGCCGGUGCUACCUUCAAGUUCAGUCAAAACCCCAAAGAACAGCUCGUGGAUAUUUUUGUCGAGAACCUCGGCGUGUCAGAUCUCAUAACUUUUGCAUCUCUUGUCGCAGAUCGAGAGCUUCCUACCGUUGCGGAUGAUCUCUUGCACUUUACCAAGCUCAAUAUGUACUUCUCAACAGGGACCACUAUUGGGUAA